AUGAAGCUCCCCUGGCUGAUCCCGGGAGCUCUCCUUGUCCUGCUGCUGCCCGGCCGCGCUGCCGCCACCAAGGCCUCGGCGCUGGACCUGCGGACGUUCGUGGGCUGUGCCGUGAGGGAAUUCACCUUCCUGGCCAGGAAGCGCGGCUGCCGCGGGCUCAGGGUCACCACGGACGCCUGCUGGGGACGCUGCGAGACCUGGGAGAGACCGAUCCUGGAGCCUCCUUACAUCGAGUCCCACCACCGGAUCUGCACCUACAACGAGACCAGGAUGGUGACGGUGAAGCUGCCCAGGUGUGCUCCUGACGUGGACCCCUUCUACACCUACCCGGUGGCCAUCCGCUGUGACUGUGACAUCUGCUCCACUGCCACCACCGAGUGUGAGACCUACUGACCUCCUGUCCCAGCUUGGGCAAGGAGGGGACAAAUUCUCCCCCAGCUUCAUACCCCUGGUACCUCCAGCAUUCUGGAGGGUGUUAAUCAGCCCAGAAUUUGAUCUCGCCCUGUAAUGCUCCUGCUCACUGACUUUUCUUGUCAGAUGAUGUUUAAUCCCCUCCCCUUAUGCUGCUCAAAGCAUUAUUGCUGUAGAAACCCACAGCCUUACAAUAGCAAAUCCCAUGGUAAAAAGAAAUGUUGCAGUUUCCCUUCCUCCUCAUGAGCUUUUCACUCUGUGUGACCUUUCUCCCUGCACAAAGUGCACAUGGACUGAACAGCCACUGGGGUGUGGAAGCUCCCCACAAAGGCAUUGCCUCCUCCACAACAGCCUGAUUCAUCUGGGGUUUAGCUUCUUCCCAGUAACAUAAAUGCAGUUACCAACACUUCCACCACCUCCCCCUCCCAGCCCCAUUAGUUAAUCUUACCCUGCAGUCAUUCAGGAGUAACAGUCAAAGAAAAAGGUCUCAAGGCCAGUGAAAUGGAAAUAAGUAUUCAGAUUGCUACCUUGAAAUUAGGGAGAAUGCAUACUCGGCCCUGACUCAGCCAAGGACUUAAGCUCAUGAUUAAGUGUUUUGCUUAAUGUCAGCAGACUUUUACAGUUAAGCAUGUAUUUCAGUGCUUUACUUUAUUGGAGCUAUUUUGUUGAAAAAAAAUUACCUCACAAGGGACAAUUCCUGAAAAAAAUUUAAAAAAGAGAGAUACACAUUAUGUGCAGAACCAUCUGCUUUUGUCCAGGAAUUGGAGAGGAAAGGACUUCACGUGGAAUCAGUGAGAUUCUGCAGAGCCCAAGGCAUCUCUUCUGACAGUUUCCAGAGUCAGAGGGACCAAGCCAAAAUGCAAUGAUCAUGGUUUGGUUUCAGCAAGCCCCUGGCUGAGGUGUGGGAAAGAGAGGGCUAAAGAAGGGUGUUCUCACAGCUCCCUGAGCUGCUCAGCUCCGUGGAGACCUGCUCCUCUGAGGGUGCACACAGAGCUGGGGGACAGCCAGAUGUGCUUGCAGGAAAGCUGUGGAGUGUCCAGUAAUGGUGGGUGAGACAAGUCCAGCACAGGAAAGAGAGCAGACGUUCCACAUGACACUUCACACCUCCUCAGACCCACUCUUUACAAACUAGGGGGACACCUGGGAGCUGCCACAAGAGCCCCCUGUGACCACAGCCACACAAGUGCCUUUGUUCCCUGGUUCCCACCUGCAGGAGGACACACUCACAUUCAUCCCUCAUUUCUCCCCUGAGCAAAAUGGGAAAUUAAGUGAAUGAAGGAAGAUUUGCCAAGUGGGAGAGGCCCAAAGGAGCUCACAAAACAAAGACACCUUCUCAGAUAGCCAUUGGGAGAGAACUGCUGCUCAGAGUAAUACCUGCACCUGUCUCCUCCCACUCAGUGCCUUGUCUCCUGGAUGCAGUCACCUUCAUUUAUAGGGAUGCAUGCUUGAAACUACCCCAGGUGUCCUGUCCACACUGAGACAGAUUUAUUUUAACCUGUAAUUUAUUGAUUGAUAUAAUUUUUUCAAUCUGAAAAAGCUGUACUAUGAGUGAGUAGGAAGAUCACCCAUUCUGUAAUUCUGAAUAGAGACUGCUAUGUCCAACAGCAGCAGAAGCAGUUUUUUUUUGCUGAUGGAGAGUUUAAGUACCCUUUGAAAAGUCCUCAUGUUUUGUUUCAAAUUGCACCUCACGAUCCCUCUGAUAUUGUCAAUUGCCAUUACAGUUAUUAUGGGAAACCUGCAAAUUGUUUUGUGUCCUUAAUAAACCUCAAAACUGUAGUAUGGAAGCAAUUUCAA